AUAACGCUUCCGAUAACGACUGCUAACGCAUACACAUCGCCAAUUUGGGCAUUUUCUCGCAUGUAAAUUGCAAAUUGUGCGUGCAUUUUCCGCGUUUUCCCGCGCGCACAAUCCUACGGCAGCCGUGAAAUUGAUGCGCCCAAUCGUGAAAGAGCAGUAGGCAUGGACGAAGAUUAUUCGGCGUCAUCUUCGGCCGGCGGCGGCGGUGGCAAGAAGGCCGGCGUGGGCAAGCAGCACAACACGCUGCCUUUUUGGGGCAACGAGAACUCGAUGAACCUGAAUCCCCUGAUCCUGGCCAACAUCCAGAGCUCCAGCUACUUCAAAGUACAUUUGUUUAAACUGAAAACCUACCAUGAAGUGGUCGACGAGAUCUACUACCAGGUGAAGCACAUGGAGCCGUGGGAGCGCGGAUCCCGCAAAACGUCCGGACAGACGGGCAUGUGCGGCGGUGUGCGAGGCGUUGGCGCCGGCGGCAUUGUGUCCACGGCAUAUUGCCUGCUCUACAAGCUAUACACGCUGCGGCUGACCCGGAAGCAGAUCAACGGACUGCUCAAUCACACAGACUCGGCCUACAUCCGGGCACUAGGCUUUAUGUACUUGCGAUACACACAGCCGCCGAGUGACCUGUAUGACUGGUAUGAGGACUAUCUGCAGGACGAGGAGGAGAUCGACGUGAAGGCGGGCGGCGGCCAGGUCUUAACCAUCGGACAGAUGGUUUACCAGUUUAUGACCAAGCUGGACUGGUUCUCCACACUCUUUCCGCGCAUCCCCGUGCCGAUACAGAAGCAGAUCGAGAAGAGGAUCGAGCAAUACUGCAGGGAGCAGGGUCUGACCGUCAAUCAGUUGUGCACGGGUCGGUCGACGGCGGGCCAGGGCACUGGUGGUGGCCCUGGUGCUGCUGGUCAGGAUGCGGACUACCAGGAGUAUCCGGAGGGCGGCGUAGAGCGUGGAAGCGGCGGUCGUGGUGGUGGAAAUGCCGGCUCCCGAUCCAACGCCUACCCACCACCGAAUAACUACCGCAACGAUCAUGACGAUCGUGAUUACUAUGCUGCCGCGUCUGGUUCGUCCUACGGCCGUGGUCGCGGUGGCUACGAGGACUACCCACCGGCGCCGCUGCCACCACAGAUGCCUUAUGGCGAGCGGGAAAGGGAGAGAGAUCGUGAGCGGGAUAAGGAUAAGGACUACGAUCGCCAUCGCAGCAAGCACAAGAAGAAGCACAAGCAUAGACAAAGCUCGCGCAGCCGCAGCAGAAGUCGCAGCCGAAGUCGCCACCGCUCCGAACGCCACGAGCGCAAGCGGGACGGCGGUGGCUACGAGCGGAGCAGCAAGAGCCGGCACAACGAACACUAUGAAGAGCGGGAGCGGGAGCGACGUCAUCGGUGAAGACCGAUUUUACCCACCAAACAAGCCUGCUCCUUCUCAAGUUGUUCUGUUACUAACUAACUUUGUUUCACCACAUAGUACUACACUUUUUUUUAUUUGUCAAUCCCCUAUCUACACUUUGGAAGCCGCGGUCGUCAGUUGCG